UGGUGAUCGUGGUGAUUUGGUUUGUUAUCGCAAGUGGUCGUACUUGAACAGAAACUUUACAGCGCUCUACAUGCAAUCGUCUUUCCCAUUUUCAAAGGACGAAGCACCAGUCCCGAACACAAGGAUUACGUGAACACGUGUUAUCCCAUUUUCCUCCUUGCUUUAUAUUUAAUACGGGAAUGCGCACAAUGUGCAUAGAGUAAUUGUUUUCUAUUCGCGACUGUAUUCGGUUAUUGAUGUGGUUAGGUUUUUGCAUAUGGUAAUGCGGUAUCUACUACUGCUUUAUAGCUCUAUAGUAAUAAAUGUAUCAAGGAAGUAAAGAAUGCACUCUUUACAUUGUGUUCAUUUUUUAAUAAAUGCCCGAAAUAUGUCGAUACUGUUCAGUAAUACGACUCACGGAUGCAAGGGAGAUACUAUUGAAACAUUCUGAAGUGAGCAGGAAUAAGUGCAGAGUACAUCAGGUUUCCGUACGUCCCAUGUUCCUUGCAAAAGUAAGGAGCAGGUUCCGGGUUAUGGGGUGAUGCAAGAUGCAAAAAUCUUACGACGCCGGAUCGAUGUGGUAUCUAGAUGCAGGAAAGUAACAUAUAGAGAAGAUUUAUGAAACGAAUAUGUAUUUAUUUGAAAUAAGUUAUCAGUACAGUACUUUUUGGACUGGAUUAAAAUCUAAACAGUUCUAACCCAGAAACACCGAUAGUGUAUUCUGUUUCUGGUAACGAUACACAUGAGAAAAUAAUUAUGGCAAGAAACUUUCUCAAAAGCAGCCUUCAAAAUGCGUCCUUCAAUAUUAUAUUUCAGAUUAUUUUUCGAUGUGUGACGUUUGGACUGAAUGCCUUCGUGCUGCGACAUGUUAGUCAGUCAGUAGUGGGUGUGAUGAAUGUUCGUCUCCUUCUCCUGGAGUCAACCAUAUUAUUCCUGAGCCGAGAGGCAUUUAGACGUGCUUGUCUCAGCAAGACAACAGAACACAACUGGGCUCAAGUCAUCAAUCUCCUUUGGUUGACGGUUCCAUUGUGCCAGGUCUUCAGUUUUGUAUUUGGUUACAUUUGGCUGCAUGUUCUGACACCUCCAAGCACAGACAUCACACAGCACUACACACUUGGAGUAUGGGCAAUUUGUCUCAGUUGUGUUAUUGAGAUGUGCUGUGAGCCAGUGUACCUAGUAGCUCAGUCAUUCCUGUUUGUUAGAUUCAAGGUGGUUUUAGAUACAAUCCAUAUAUUAGUUCGAACAGCAACAUUCACUCCACUCAUCAUUUAUCGCCCACACCAGGCAGUUGUAGCGUUCUCUGUUGCACAGGUACUGGCAGCAUGUGUUUACACACUGGGGUAUUAUGUGUAUUUUCAUUACUAUAUCACCAACCUGAUGAAGAAACGAGCUGCACAGAAGAAGGUUGAUUCAAAUGAAAAGCCCCCAGUGAACCUGAGGUUUGUUCAUAGAGACUCGGUUACAGAGCUUGAGGAGGAAUUCCCAUUUGAAUCCUUAAUGGAUUUCCUUCCAGCAGCAAUAGAAAAUCAGCCAAGCAUCAACCAUGGCCUUGCAAGAUUAACAUGGAGCUUCUUCAAGCAAGGCAUCAUGAAACAGAUUCUGACAGAAGGUGAGAGGUACAUCAUGACACUGUUCUCCGUAUUAACAUUCUCUGAACAGGGUGUAUACGACAUUGUCAACAACUUGGGGUCUCUCGCAGCCCGUUUCCUGUUCCGACCAGUAGAGGAAUCAUCAUACUUCUAUUUCUCACAGAUGGUGGCAAGAGAUACAACAAUACAGGAGCAGAAUCAGAAACACAUGGCAGAGUCUGCUAAUGUGCUGUACCAGUUGCUCCGCUGCAUAACUUGUAUUGGGCUGGUGAUAGUGGUAUUUGGCCAGUCAUAUUCACAUCUCUUGCUGUACCUCUAUGGUGGUGAAUCUCUCAUCAUGGGUCCUGGUCCCACACUAAUGCGGACACAUUGCCUAGCUGUCCUCCUACUUGGCAUUAAUGGAAUUACAGAGUGCUAUGCGUUUGCAACCAUGAACACAAGUCAGCUUGAUAAGUAUAACUAUGUAAUGGCAAUACUGUCAGUAUCAUUUCUAGUAGUGUCCUGGGUGCUGACGAAAGCUUUUGGUGGAGCUGGCUUUAUUGUUGCCAACUGCUGUAACAUGGGAGCUAGGAUUGGACAUAGCUUACGAUUCAUUAAAAUACAGUAUCUAGACACAGAGUAUAAGCCACUUGGUGGGCUUAUUCCUGGCCCUUAUUUUCUGAUCACAUUAGCAUCUGUAUUUAUCAUCACUCAGGUGUCACAGGCAAUUUUCUUUGAAUGGUUCAAGUUAUUACAUCUGGGAGUUGGGGUCAUUUGUCUGUUACUUGUUGUGAUUUCUUGGGCAUAUGAAGAACGUGAGCUGGUUAGCUUGGCAAUACAGAAAUGGGAAUCCAAAUCACAAGCCUUGAAGGAAGAGUAGAAAGUUUUCAACUGAAGCAGCUCUUGAAAUUCCUUGGGUAGCUCAUUAUUAUUACCAUCCAUUUAAAUCUUUGAAUAAUAGGUGAACGUCACAGAAGAGUGAGACUCAUUGAUCACUGCUGGGCGUACUGAUACAUAAGAAAUAACCAUUGCAACAUUGAAUAUUAGGGUUAUGGAAAACUGGCUGAUGCUGGGAAGGAUACAGCUUAUUUGUAAUUACGAGUAAGUCAGAGGAGUUUAUUAUACUUUUUAUUAUGAGUGUGUUAUCCUGAAAUUCAAGUGAAAUGGGCAGGGAAAAUUGCAAUAGACUGUGAAAAUUAUGCACAAUUGAUGGACCUCUGUACUCAUUAUUAGGGUCUGAAGCAUCUUGUUCUCCAAAAUUUGGUGGGAUUUGAACCCAUAGCUUCCUAAAUGAGGUGGAUGCAUUAUUACCUAACUAACCCAGCUGAUGGAAUUUGUACGAUAUAACUACAUUUACAUUUUCUCUGUGAAACAUUGUAUUGGUUUGCUGCACUCCAGUGGGUGAUCAAUUAUAAAAUCUUUAAAAGUGACAUGGGUUUGAAUUCACACUUGCCAGCGCACACUAAAUUUGAAGGAUAUGAUUCCACACAUGUUACCAUACUCUGUAUGUCUUGAACAUUUAAGAGUUCAAACCCUUUGUCAUGUUUGUUCAAGCAGCCAUCCUUCAUGUUCAAAUCAGUUUUUAAUCUUAUUCCUUGAAGCUGGCUCUUUUUGUGUAAAAAAUAUGGUAUGUGAUGUAACACAUAUAUUUUCGCGCCAUAGC